AUGCGUUUCUCUACCGGUCUGCUCCUGGCUGCGGCCUCGAGCGUCAUGGGUCAGCGGUUCACCAACUCCAGUAUGCCUGCUACUGAGUCCGCUACCACUACAACCGGUGCUGCUCCCACCGGCUCUGCUGUAGCUGCUAAGCCUGUCGAUCUCGGCAGUGCCAAACUGGGACCCGGAGCCUCGUUCGUCACUCGUGCUGAUGGAACCAUCGCUGUUGCCCUGGUCGCUGGCCCCAAUGGUAAAGCUUCUUUCCAAAUUGGCAUCCCCGACGACGACUUCAGCGACUUCUCUAUUGGAGACCUGUUCGAGUUGCUCUUUGAAAUUCUAACCGCGAUCCUUGAGAAUAGCCGGAAGCGUGCUGCGACCGACUGCACUCUUGAUGUCACUGUUGACGGUGAGAGCGUCUACUCAAAUGGUCUCUCCACCGGCUCUAGCUCCGAGCGCACCGAUAGCACUCCUUCCACUGGUAACGCCCCCAACGUUGAGUUUGUCCAGUCUUGUGGUGCUACCGGUGCUCGCCUCGAAGUCUCCAACCUUGCUAUCGGUCCCCCUGGAUCCAGCAACCCUGGUGGCGGCAACGGCGGCGGCAGCGAGACUGGCACUGACACCACUGGUACUGCUGAGCCUACCAACACCAACUCUGAGGGAGCUACCACCAACUCCGAGGGCCAGACCAUCGAGCCUACUGGCACCGAGACUGGCGCUGCUACCAACUCUGAGGGUGCCACCACCAACAGCGAGGGCCAGACCAUCGAGCCUACUGGAACUGAGACCGAGACUGCUGCUACCAACUCCGAGGGUGCUACCACCAACUCUGAGGGUGAGACUAUCCAGCCCACUGGCACCGAGACCGGCACCGAGACUGGUACUGAGACCGGUACUGAGGCCACUUCUUCUGCUACAUCUGCUCCUGGCUUCCCCGGAUCCAUCCUCGACUUUGCUUUCUUCGGCUGUGUCGGUUCCACCGAGGGCUUCCCUACCUUCGAGCUCCUUCAAAGCUCUGGCUCCAUGGAUCUCAACCUCUGCGCCAGCCUUGCCGAGGGCCGUGCUUACUUUGGUGUCCACGAUGAGGACUGCUAUGCCGGUGACGAGAUUGACGGCGACAAGACCAGCCGUGUCGACUCCGACCAGUGUGAUAUUGAGUGCCCCGGUGACGACUCUGAGUUCUGUGGUGGUGAUGCUCCUCUUACUCGCCGCAGCCGCAUCCAGGCCCGCCAGGCUAUCCCCAACACCAUCCGCCUCACUGUCUACGUCGCUGUCAACGGCCCUGAUGUUACUGUCACCGAUGUCCUCACUGCUACUGUCACUGACCAGUCUACCCUGACCACCACCUUCACCACCACCAUCUCCGAUGCCACUGCCACUACCACCCAGACCGUCACUGCUAUCUACGUCUGCUCCAACGGCAAGUGCUACCCCGAGAACGACAACGGUUCCAAGGUUGUCUACAUCUUCGUUGGUUACCCCGGUGAGGACUGCGACGGCGAGCUCGUCUACAUCUCUGAGGCCUGCUCUUGCCAGGGUGGAUCUCAAUACGUCCCCAAGUACUGCUCCAACGGCAGCUGCCACGGUCUCACUGUCUACAAGCCUGAGGAGUGCAAGGACUGGUACAACCACGACAACUUCUUCGUCCCCGCUAACUGCGAUGUUUGCGAGCACGGCGACAUCGUCUACAAGCCUUGGGAGAACUCCUGGGGUACCCCCGCUGAGUGCCACGAGGCUGAGGUCCCCAGCUGCACCAAGGAUACCUGCCCUACCAACGGCGGUGGCUCCAAGGGAGGCAACGGCGGUAACGGUGGCAUGGGCGGUAACGGCGGAAAGGGUGGAAACGGCGGCAAUGGAGGCAACGGAGGCAACGGAGGAAACGGCGGCAAUGGAGGCAACGGUGGAAACGGAGGCAAUGGAGGCUCCGGCUCUAACGGUGGUUCCGGUUCCAACGGUAGCUCUGGUUCCAACGGCGGAUCUGGCUCUAACGGUGGCUCUGGUUCCAACGGCGGAUCUGGCUCCGAGGGCUCUGGCUCCAAGGGCAGCUCCGGCUCCGAGGGCUCUGGCUCCAAGGGCGAGAGCGGCUCCAGCUGCGAGGGUGACCACUGUGUCCCCGUCACUGUCAGCAGCGCUGGCAAGCAGGCCAUCAGCGCCCUUGCUCUCCUCGCUGCUGUUGCCGCUCUUCUCUAA